AAUCCUUCAGUGAAGUCAGGUCAAUCACACAGGGACAAUGCAGGAAAGAUCCCCGCACACCAUCAACAUCUGACUCUUUUAUCAGGACAGUAGAGCUGAAGGAAGGACAGUUUUAAAACAACAUCUGAUGCACAUACCAGUUUUUAUUUUAUUUAUUUAUUUUUUUUUUUGUUGUUGUUUGUUUUUUUUAAAGACACCACAGGAUAAAGAUCUUGUGAAGUAAUUCCCAAGUCAUGUUAUGCAAUAUUCUGUAAAAAAGUGUGAAUCUGUAAGAUAGAAAGUGUAGCAGAAGUUGUGUGAUUGAAGGGCUUCAUGUUGCAUUACAGAAUGGAAAGCUGUGUUAUUUCACCUUUAUCAGAAGAAAUAAUGCCGUAUGAUCAUGGCGGUCGACCGACAUAUGACUUCUACCAAUAUCUCAGUACUGACCCCGAAACACUUCCAGAGAGUGGAUGGGACUACACAAGUGUUCAUGUCCAACACAGUGAGUUUGAGCCACCGCAGGAUCUUCAGUUUACUGAACUGCACCCAACCCAAUACCGCUUUGGAGAUGUGGAGCCCUACCACCCCUCUGUAGAUCCAGGGAUGGCAACAAUUCUACCUGUAGUUCCUCCACAGUACACUUACGUCCCUCACGCGCUGUAUCCACGGUCCCCGGUCCCCCACUGUAGCACGGAUGAUGAGGACCCUGGGGGUCGCAGUCCACCCUUUGAGGUGUCAGAAGGUGAGGAGGAUGCUGAGGGUCACCGGGGCACCUCCAGCACUCUGUCAGGAAACAAAAGGAAAGUUCGUCUCUAUCAGUUCCUCCUGGACCUUCUGCAAGACGGAGAUAUGCGCGACUGCAUCUGGUGGGUGGACCGAGAGCGAGGUGUCUUUCAGUUCUCCUCCAAACACAAGGAGACUCUGGCCAGCCGCUGGGGCCAGCAGAAGGGCAACCGCAAGAGAAUGACCUACCAGAAGAUGGCCAGGGCGCUGCGCAACUAUGGCAAGACCGGCGAGGUCAAAAAGGUAAAGAAGAAACUGACAUAUCAGUUCAGCAGUGAGGUGUUGAGGAGAACGAGUAUGGAACGGAGGCUGUAUCAUCACUGAGAGAGGACUGAGAGCACUCGAGAUCCAGCUUCUCUUGCCCAUAACAACAUCUACUUGUCUUCUGUAAAACAGAGCACAAUUUGCUGUAAAAAUGUCAAUCUCAGGGAUUUUAAAUUGAAAUAACAUGUAUUUCGCAGUCAUUUUGCAACAAGUGUUUAAGUGCCCUUUUGUAAUGUAAGGGCAGACAAAUAACUUCAGUGUGAGUUAGUCUACUCAGCCGAUUUAGGUUUCCCACACUUUGUUAACCAGGGUCAAGUUUAACGUUGGGUUAACUGUGGAUUAGUAAUUAAUCUGGGUAGUCGGGUUUUGACAUUUCACACUGUACUUUUUUCAACCCUGGGUUAAUGUUUUCCGUUGCAUAUUUGCAAGGUUAAUAAUGAUUUGGACAGAAACAGCAUGCAACAAGCACCUGACUUGUUUUAUAACUGCUUGUAACUGUGGAAACAUUGCCACGUGAAUUGACUAUUUAAUUAAUUAAUUAAACCCUUUUUUAUUAGGCAGUUUAUUAGUUGUCUGUUGCUAACUUGUUGAAACAUGCUUACGCUGUAUAGAUUCAUAUUCAGUUUUAAAGGGAUAGUUCACCCUAAAAUGAAAAUUCUCUCAUCAUUUACUCACCCUCAGGCCAUCCCAGAUGUGUAUGACUUUCUUUAUUCAGCAGAACACAAAUGAAGAUUUUUAGAAGAAUAUUUCAGCUCUGUAGGUCCAUACAAUGCAAGUCAACAGGGUCCAGAACUUUGAAGCUCCAAAAUCACAUAAAGGCAGCAUAAAAGUAAUUCAUAAGAUUCCAGAGGCUUAAUCCAUGUCUUAUGAAGUGAUAUGAUAGGUGUGGGUGAGAAACAGAUCAAUAUUUAAGUCCUUUUUAACUACAAAUCUACACUUUCACUCCCACAUUCUGGUGUGGAAGUGACUUUCACGUUCAGCCACCUACUGGUUGGAGCUGGUUAACGGUGGAGAUUUAUAGUUAAAAAGGAUCACAUCGCUUAAGAAGAAAUGGAUUUAACCACUGGAGUCUUUUGGAUUACUUUUAUGCUGCAUUAUGUGCUUUUAGGAGCUUCAAAGUUCUGGUCACCAUUAACUUGCAUUGUAUGGACCUACAGAGCUGAAAUGUUCUUCUAAAAAAUCAUUGUUAGUGUUCUGCAGAAGAAAGAAAGUCAUACACAUCUGGAAUGGCAUGAGGGUGAGUAAAUAAUGAGAGAAUUUUAGGAGCUAAAUGUUUGAAAAGCCUUUUUCAUGGAACAAGUGUAGCAUUGCCUAUAUGCAGAUGUUUGUAAUAUAAUAUGCAAUGAUAACUUUCAACUGUUUAUAUGUCCUUUCUGUUCUACUUUAAGUACAUAAAGACCUCAUGUCAUAAAUAUGUUGAUCUGUUUUCCCAAAAGAGACUGUUGCAACACAAACUGACUUUUAAUCACAUGCAUGAUGUGAAAAUCUACAAUUUAAUUUCCAUUAGUGAUAAUGCUUAUUCUUGAUAUCAGUAAUUACUGCAAGUUUGCACUAGUAGAAUUUCACAAUGAUCUCUCAUUGACUCUUAUUCAAAACAGUUACUGAUAUCUAUAAUUAAUGUCUUUAUUUUAAAUUUCAUAUACACAUAUCAUACUUCUUACUAGUAAAAAAAUGUUAAUAUCAGGAAUGGGCAUUUGCACUAGUAAAAAUGUAGUUAUUGAUAUAAAAAUAAUCAUCUUUACUAGUAAGAAAUGCAUUGCUGAUGUAUUUAGAAUUUCAAAUAGUAAAACAUUAGUAAUAGAUAUCUGGAACUGCAUUUUGAAUGGUGAAUGACAGAUCAUUGUGAAAUUCUACUAGUGAAAAUAGUUACAGAUAUGAAUAAUUGUUUUUACUAGUUGAAAUUCCAUUUUUGACACCAAUGAAGGGCAUUUCUGUGAGUAAUGACAUCAUCACAAGAAUGAAAAUUUUUCUAAUGCAAACCUAAUUACUGAUGUAUAACAAAUUGCAUUUUCAUUAACUUGAUGAUAUCAAGAAUUAGCAUUAUAACUAGUGAAAAUAUAAUACAGUAUCUAUAAUUCAUAUCCUGCAUGUGCUUAAAUGUCAAAAGGACUUACAGUAAAAGACUGUAAAUUGUAAAUGUGUACAUCUAUUAAAAGUUAGUUUUGUCAACUUUUAGGGAGUACACUAGGAUUUAGAUGACGUCAGAGCUAACAGACAUCUAUUAAAAGCUACAAAACUUCA